AUGGAAUUGGGCANCGCCGCGCUCGGGCAGCAGAAGGGCCUGCUGCAGCUGUGGACGCGCUCGGGCUCGCUGCGCCGCGCGGCGUGCGCGCCCGAGUCGCUCUCGGCGCUCGCCGUGCGCGACGACGGCCGGUUCGUCGGCGUCGGCACCAUGUUCAGCGGCUCCGUCGACAUCUACGUCGCCUUCAGUCUGCAGCAUCGCGAGCCCGCCGCCGCGCUCGGGCAGCAGAAGGGCCUGCUGCAGCUGUGGACGCGCUCGGGCUCGCUGCGCCGCGCGGCGUGCGCGCCCGAGUCGCUCUCGGCGCUCGCCGUGCGCGACGACGGCCGAGUGUCGCGGGUACCGCACGGUCAGCAUCGCGAGCCCGCGCCGCGCUCGGGCAAGCAGAAGGGCCUGCUGCAGCUGUGGACGCGCUCGGGCUCGCUGCGCCGCGCGGCGUUCGCGCCCGAGUCGCUCUCGGCGCUCGCCGUGCGCGACGACGGCCGGUUCGUCGGCGUCGGCACCAUGUUCAGCGGCUCCGUCGACAUCUACGUCGCCUUCAGUCUGCAGCGAGUGCUGCACGUGAAGAAUGCGCACAUGAUGUUCGUCACAGGACUGGAGUUCCUGCCGGUGCGCGGAUACGGGCCGCCGGUCGCCAGCCGCAGCGAGGCCGCGCUGCUGUCUAUUAGUGUGGACAACUGUCUUUGUGUCCACAGCCUGCCGCCGCGCAAAACCAUACCGGCGUGGGUGGCGAUCAUCCUGAUAAUAUUCGUGCUAUUUUGUACAUUCACGCUAUGCUCGUACCUAGGCAUUUAGCCUGUAAAUAUUAUUGAAUUAAUUAUAUUGUUAUUGUCUGCGAAGAUUGUUUCCUGAGAAAUGCAAGGACGGGUCGCCUUGAGAGCAGCAAUUGUGUAAACAUUACGCGGUUGACGUCGAAUUUAGCUAGCUUUGUCAUUGUCACGUGAAAUUAUAAUAUACUUACGAGCAAAUGGAAUCACCCCUUAUGUUUUGGUCGAGCGAUUUAAGAACUGAAUGACUAUGAUAUAAGAUUUUAAAUAAGAUUAUAAGAUUUAAGUCUGCUUGUGACCACGGCUGCAGCAUCGCAGCCGAA